AUGGCCGAAGGUAGAAAAUCAGUGGAACUUGCAGUUCUCAGCUAUGAGCGCCUAAAGGCUCAAGACAAGGACGAGGUAAAGAAGAUGAUUCAGGCGCUCUUCUAUACAUUUGACUCUGGAGUUGAAAAGAUUCAUCUGGGCCGAGAGGAGCAUAUUCGGGGAACGUUAGAUUUGCCCGAGGAUCUCCAACCCAUAGCAGAUAAAGUCGCAAGCACAUCCGCUUACAUUGACAGCCUGCUUCGAGAGCUUGGAACCACCUUGUGCUCGUCGAUGGAGCCGCCUGUCCCAGCUGUUCUUGAUCAUCCCGAGAAACCAGGCCUCAGCAACUUGUACCUCGCUAUCUCGAAGGCGAAGCCGGAUACGUUCAUCAUGACGACGCAUACGGACGACGGCUUCCUAACCUUGACCUUCUAUGAUGAGCCAUUCAACGAAGUAUUGGAUCGAACGACGCAGGAGUGGAGGCGGAUCGAAGUCAACAGGCACAUGCCACUUAUAAAUGCGGGAGAUCAGCUGCAGAAGAACUCGGACAAUCGCCUGUAUUCACCCAUUCAUCGCUGCUAUCAGGAUAAAAAUGAGAUUGACCUCAUCAUGUUUGAUUUAUUUGAAUCACCCAAGGAAGAGUAA